AGUCAACCAGCUGCAGUCGUUACCUUAGUUCGUUGAGAUGAAGUCCAUUCCAAUUUUAUACGCAGCUUUUGUAAUAAAUGUUGUCCAUAUAGGGAUGGCACUAUCCAAAAAAUCCUCUAGAGUUUGCGGUUCCAUCCAAGAUGAGACGUUCAACUACUUCCCACUGGAUGCAAUUUUCCCGAGAAUUGUAAGCGGCAUGCGAGCCAACCUUGAUGAUUUUUCGUACCAAGCGCUAAUUACUAUCAAACGGAAAUACUGCGGAGGAGCUAUCAUACACCCGCGUUGGGUUAUCACUGCAGCCCACUGUGUGAAAGAAAUGAAAACGUAUAGAAUGAAGGUGUAUUAUAACAUUUUAGAUAGACGCGAUCCUUACCGAUUUACUUACUGCAGACGAGUGCGUGAUGCGUUUUCACAUGAGAAUAAACAUUACGACGUUGGUUUAAUUAAACUGAAGAGAACCAUAACGAAAGCGCAUGAAAUGGAACUGCAACCCGUUCGUUUAGGGUACCUUGGCGACAUAGUUGGACGAAAGGCUGUUCUUUCCGGGUGGGGCACAACUUCAGGUGAAGACCUUGUAAAGUCACGAUACUUGCAAUACAUGACGAUGGAAGUCACAGAUACGGAAACGUGUAUGAAAUAUUUCGGGAAAUUGGUCAAGACCAAUCAGAUUAUUUGCGCCAAACCUAUUUAUCAGAAUGCAAGCGUAUGCUUCGGAGAUUCUGGAGGACCAUUGGUUCUAUCAGGAACAAAGGACUUGAUUGGAGUAUUGAGUCUUGGCGAUAGAACUUGUAAAAGUAGAGCUACAGGCUUUUUAAACGCAUCUCAUGUCAAAUCCUGGGUGGAAUCUAAAAUAGCACCCGAUCAAAUAUAACUUUUAAUGAUAAGAUAAGAUGUAUUUAUCAUUAUAAAAAUGUCCUACAUAUGUACUAUG